AGCCCAGGACCAGGACCCGAAACCCGAAAAAGUCCCGAUUAUUUUCUUGAAGUCCGAAUGUCCAAGCCCGAGAACCUUGACUUCCGGCCUCCGGGUUCACGAUAUUUCUGGGCACCCUGUGGCCUGUGGGCUCGUCAGAAGUCGUGUUUACUGUUCAGAACUUCAGACUGUUCAGUGUUCACACUGUUCAGUGUUCAGUCAGGAGUCAGUUCAGUCAUCACUGUCAUCAGUGUUGUUCACCUCCAGUCCCCCAACCCCCACAUGUUGUGUAAUGUGUUGUUAGCGCUCCUUACGUGUAAAAAAUGAUCCAAGUAAAAAACAAAGGAAUAAAAAAACAAGCCUGGCUGUCUGGUAAAUGUAGGAAACGUUACCGGUUGCUUAUCACCUUAUCAGUCAAUUUUUUUGAAAUUUGAAAUUUUUGAAGUGUCUAUAUUUUGAAGUGUUAGUGUGCUGGAAAAAUGUUAUUGUCAUGAAUUUUCAGAAAAUUGAUCACUGUCCAUAGUGAAUUAAUACGAUCAUAGUGUUCUUUCAUAUCUGUGAUAAUGAGACACGAUUGCAUGAAUUCGUGAACUGACUGAAACAGAAACAGCAUUCACUGUAUGUCAUCCCUCGUUUUUUCCAAGUCCAGCUGAAUAGAGAGAUAUUAAAUUUUUUACAUCUGGUACACCACACCACCACUCACUGACAGUGACUUCAUCCUGAAUGUCCUGAAACAAACUGCAUCCCGAAGUGCAGCCAGCGCGGCAGCGCAGGAAUUAGGAACCCCCAGUGUAAUUUCAUGAAGUGUGUAUCCAACCCAGAAACAUUCAACCAUGAACGAUAAGAAAGCAGAAUCACACAUCUACGAUGACUUGAUUGCAAACUGCGAAGAUUUAUUGAAACAAAACACCACCAAAUACCAGAGUUAUUUAGAACUUCAAGAAUCACUCCGGUUACAAUUCAUUGAGAUAAACCACGAUUACAAACGUUUAAAAAAAUGGUUGGAUUUAGCUAACGAAGAUUUCCUGUCUAUGAAAUGCGAUGGUUUUACUUUAUUGUAUGAAUUAUUGGUAAAGCAUAACAUCGUCAAAGAAUUUGUCAACUUCGGUAAUAAAGAAGAAACGCUGCAAUUACAAUUUUUGGAAAUUAUAAACGAAUGUGUGAAUUUAAAAGAAGAUCUAGAUACAGCCAAUAAGAGCGUGAUAUCUUUGAAAAGAGAAUACAGUGAGUUAACGAGAUCCAGUGAUGCGUUAUUAGAGAACGUUUUAGUUAAGGAAUCUUCCAGUUAUGCAAGAAGCUUAGAAAUUCUACGAAUGAAUUUCAUCGAGAUCAUAGAAAACGGUGAAAACUCGCAACUUAUCCUCGAAACAGGCUACAACGAUUUAACCAAGAUGAAGUUGGAGCACGACAGUCUGAAGCAACAAUACGAAGCAUUAUCGGAGAAUCAAAUGGUCAAGGGAUUUAUCGAUUACGCUAAAUAUCAAGAAAACCUUCGGAUAGAGAUGGCUAAAAAAGCCAAAGAUGCGAAAGAAACAUUAGAUCGAAUUAUCGAAAACCUCGCAUCUUUGAAAUCACAGCUGGCUGAAAGUAAUGAAAUGUUGAACGUAGAACAACAACGACGUCAACGAAUCGAGAAUGAACGCGAUUCGUUGGAUAAAUCAUCGGAAAAAUUAUGCCAAUUAUUGUUGAAAUAUCAGCGUCGUAAAUUGAACGAAAACAGAACUAGAGAACGAUCGAUGAAUAAUGAAACGCGAGAGAAUUCUGUGAUAAAUGAUGAUUCGUCGCACGAUUGCUGUAUCAUCGAACCUGAACGUGUGCUGUCUAGUUCUGAUCCCAACGGUGAUCAGCCUAUCAUCGUGGAUGAUGAAGACUCGGAUAAUAUAUCACCAGAAUUUCUCGUCAUAGCUUCUGUAAAUGGGUCAGUUGCCCCAUCGAACACUAAUUUGAACGAUGACGAUGGAACGAAGAACUACGAUCUGACGAAUUGUUCACCACAGGAUUCACCUCUGCAGCGUGAGAUUUCUGAUAUAACUAAUCUUCAAAAAACUUCUAAAAAAUUGAAAAAAUCCGCAGCAUCAUUGCUGAAAACAAAUGAUAAAGUUCAACGUACGAUAUCGAAUGGGACUACGGAUAGCCGUGAGUACUCGUAUUCCGAUACCUGCGAUCAGCUGGACUCGAGCUCGGAUACUGAAGUGGCCAACGAAGAAGAACCGUACAAAUGCACUUCAUGCGAUAAAGUAUUCACUGCCUCGGAUAUUUUGGAUUCACAUUCUGCUAUUCAUAGCUUAGCGAGGCCUUUUAAAGGUUGGAAUCCUAGCUUAGGUUUCAAAUCUGGAUAUUCGAAAUUACUCCUUGAGCAGUAUAUUCGUGAGAAAACUGAUGUUAGUUUCUAUUGCGCGCAUUGUGAUGUACGAUUUGGAAAUAAGGAUGUGCUCGCUGGCCAUAUACGACAACGACACUUUGGUGAAUUAUGUAAACGAUUUGAAUAUACCACUUGCGAGAAAUCAUAUUCCCUCGAGCGUCAAUUGAAACUUCACAAGUUGGUCGAGCAUUCGCAUAAAAAAGAUGGUAAUUUAGAUCACAACAUGAACAACCAAAUCAACUCGAACCAAGAUACACCCAGAGUAGAUAUCAGUGCGGUAAAUGGACGCCAAAAGUCGUACAAUUGUGAUGAAUCAAAAUGUGACAAAACUUUCGCCUUCAGAAGCAAUUUGAAAAAACACAAAUUAACACACGCCUCGAAGAACCUGUUCAAAUGUUCAUUUUGCAGUAAUAAUUUCAAGCAUCGAUUCGCUAGAAGAUUACACGCGCAAAAAUAUCACGAAAAAUAUGCUCGUAUUCAAUGCGCACACUGCGAUAAACAAUGCUACAGCAAACACAGCAUUUUCAUACACUUAGAGAAGUGUCAUUCAUCAACUUUGAAGAAACAAAUAUUCGAAUGUUCCUUGUGCAGAAAAUCGUUCUCCUCGAAGGUCCAUUUAGUGGAACACGAAUCGAUAUGUGGCUCAAAAAUCAUUGUAAAAGGAAAAGAAAACAGAUCAGCUGUUGUUGUCUUGAACAAAUUUGAAGUUUCAAGUCUACGUUGUGGAAUCUGCAAUGGGUUAUUUUCAUGCAUAAAUAGCUUGAAUAAACAUAAGCGAGUCGAACACGAUAAACAGAAGUCGCAUACGAAUAUAAAUCGGGACAUCCAGGAUGCUUCUACAGCUAGAGGAGAACCCAAACCAACAGUUGCCAAAACAUCUUUCGAUUUAAUUUGCGCACAUUGUGGUAAAGGAUAUAAUGAUAGAACGCUGCUAAUGUCUCAUGUAGACUCGGCGCAUAGAUCAGACAACCGUUAUAAAUGCCCUCUUUGUGAUAAAACUUACUCCUUACCCAAAGGUAGACACAGACAUGUACGAUUAUUUCACGAACAAGUUUGCAAUUUCGUUUGCGCGCAUUGUGACCGAGCAUUCCGUUUCAAGCAGACUCUGAUAUCCCAUAUGAACUCGCAUUUUGCCGGAGCGCUCAUCGUAAAGAAAUACAAACGGAUUAAACCCACAGGACCAAAGUUGUUCAAGUGCGGUAUAUGUGAUCACUCAUUCCACUAUGCGCACGAUUUGAGAAGACAUGAAAACCGUAGGCAUACUAUAGGGAGGUCAGUGGAAUGUCCUCAUUGUGAUAAAUGUUUUAAAGAAGUUUAUGCUAGAAAUGCACACGUACAAAGAGUUCACGAAGGAUAUGGCAAAAAAACCAAAAACCCAGAAGUCCCUGAAAAAAGUAUGGAAACUUCAGAAAGGCUUGUACAAUGUUCAUUUUGCGAUAAAUCUUUCUUCAGUCUGUUUACUAGAAAUGCACACGUACGAAGAGUUCACACGAACAUUGGUAGCCUCGCUUGCGAGCAUUGUGACCAAACAUUCACCUACAAGAACGUUCUGUUGACCCAUAUGCACUCCCAUUUUCCUGGACAGCUCGUCAAAAUCAAAGAUACACGAAGACGUGACAAAUCCAAACUACCGAGGUCGUUCAAAUGCAGUUCAUGUGACCAGGCAUUCUACUGUGCAUCCCACUUGAAAAGACAUCAUGCAACAGCGCAUUCCGAGCUAAGACCGUAUAAAUGUCCACAUUGUGAUAAGAGUUUCAAGACAACUUGUCAUCGAAAUGAACACGCGCGGGGAGUUCACAAAGAAUAUGGCAGAAAACCCGAAGACGCUAGAAAAAGUGUGGAAAUGUCAGAAAGACUUUUUCAGUGUUCAGUUUGCGAUAAAUCUUUCUUCCGUGUUUCUAAUAGAAAUGCGCAUGUGCGAAAAGUUCACGCGAAAAUUCCUAGAUUCGCUUGCGCGCAUUGUGAGCAAACAUUCGUUUACAAGAGCGUUCUGCAGACCCAUAUGCACUCUCAUUUUCCUGGACAGCUCGUCAAAAUCAAAGAUACACGUAAACGUGACAGAUCCAAGCUACCGAGGAAGUUCAAAUGCAGUUCAUGUGACAAGGCAUUCCACAGUGCAUCCGUCUUGAGUAGACAUCAUGUAACAGUGCAUACCUCGCUGAGACCGUAUAAAUGUCCACAAUGUGGUAAAAGUUUCAAGACAAUUUCUCAUAGAAAUGAACACGUACGGGGAGUUCACGAAGGAGCUCGCGUAAACCCAAUAACAUCUCGCAAUAAGCCUCUCAAAUGAUCUAUUGAAAACGAUGAACUGAAGUAGUCCUCGAGUGAUAAAAUUUUGCAAGCAUGAAAAAAGUAAAACAGAUCACGAAUCAUAAAUUCGUUACAAGAUGUUCGUUUCAAAUGCGUAUCUAAAAACAUUUUUGGUAGCUCAUCAUCCAAAAAAUAAUCAUGAAUGCUAAAUGUGUGACAAGUGUUUCAAAGUUCCUGACUACAGAUUAAAAGAAGUUGCAAAAUAGCAACGUGUUCGUGUUCUUGUUCCUAGACUUUACCUACAUUUGAGUCUAUUCCAUGGAAAUACGAACAGAAUUUCCAGACUGUUAUUUUAACCAUAUUUAAAAUGAUUGUUAUUUAUUUAUUUAAUCGCGUAUCGUAUGAGUAUUUGUGUAGGUACAAUAUGAUAAACUGCGUGUGACUGAUACAUAUGACUGAUUGUUUUCAAUGUUUAUUGUUUUUGUAUUUUUUGUACCAUUUCUGUGCCAUUUUAAAAUACGAAACGUUGAAUACAAAUAUACCUAUCAAUUUUUCAA